CUCUCACUAAGUGGUCGUCUCUAUUCCAACUUUUACCCCGAUUAGGCAAUACCUCGACAUCCCUAGAGCCAUCGCAGUCAUUCCUCUCACGGAAGAACGGGCGCUCAACAAGUGAGCAGAAUGACUCACCAAACCUUUCAUUUUUUCCCAGCGCUCCCUCCCGAAAUCCGUCGCACGAUCUACAUUCUCGCAACACCGCCUCGCGUCGUCCACAUCCAAGAGGUAUCCGAAGAUGAGAAGACAUUUCUUGCAGAACUCAAAAUAGCCCCAUUCCGUCGAACGCUCUGUCCUUCUCUGACCCAUUUCGCUCUCCACUGGCGUAAAUAUAUUCCCAAAGCAAUCAAACAACCAACACUCGAGCACUUCGGAGUGACAGGCGCCCGACCGCUCAAUAAACCAUGGACGCCAUCCGCAGCGACCCCGGAAAUCCCAAUCCCGUGGCUCACAGAGCAACCCGAAUUAGCAUGGGAGAUGGUCCGUAACAGCUACCUGUACAGCAAAGCACCGAUCCCGGCCCUGUUACACACGUGGUCUGAAUCGCGCGAAGAGCUGAUCCGAUUUGGCUACGAGCUUGCAUUCCGAACGCGCUCGAAUGGCCCUCGCACGUGGUUCAACUUCAAACGGGACGUGAUGUACCUCACAAAGUCCGAGUCUAGGGGACGCUUUUCGGGAACUGUGUCUCUCAGUAAUAAUAUGUUCUACGAGGUUGGGCAGUUCCAUCCGUUUGAUCUCACCAGGGUCAAGAGGUUGGCCUUGGCCUAUUGUGGUCCAUUGUUAUUCCCGUGGCGGGCACCGUCGCUGUGGACAGAGGAGAUAGCGCAGAUCUUACCGCUGUUUCCGGGUCUGAGUGAGCUGCUGCUGGCAGAAUUGGAGGAUGAAGAUGUUAUGCGAUGGUCGGAGCGCGGACCUCAUUGGAAUAGGAAUUCGGGGUCCUCGACCCGUGAGCGUUGGUGUUGUUUAGCUGUUGAGGAGAUCGAUGCUUUGCUCUCGCUACUGUCCGAUGGCUUUCGAACAGAUCUCGGAUCAGUUGGGCUGGUAGCGGAAAUGUUUAAAGAGCAUCAACAACGCAGAGAAAGCAGCGACGGCUACUUUGAGCAUCGACGGGUCGUCACAGAGCAAGCACUUGCGGACGCCAGAGAUGCUAUGAUCGCCUCCAGUCAUCCCAUCCCGAUGACACCCUGGUCGAUCCCUAGGAUCCGAGCCGUGCAUAUUCUGCCAGAGUCGAUGGUCCCCGGGAUGAUUCAGGAGCGACGAAAUGCUUGGAACAAAUUCUGUGAGCUGAAAAGAGACUGGAGAAAGGCUAUAGAUGGCAUUCCGUCGGACAACUUUCCUCAAGCCAGGGCCAUGACUACUAAGCUAGGCACGAUGUGUAGCCCGUUGUUACCCUGGCUGCCGGACGAGGAUUGGGACGACGUUUCUGAUCCUGUGGUAUUUUGUAUCUUCUCGGAUGAGCAGAUGGGAGGUGAAGCUCUAUCCCGGGGUCAGCGUCGUGCGAAGUCGUGGUGGGUACAAAAGGGGACUGUCAAGGAGCCAGGUCUUGAAAUUAUCGCAUAAUCUAGUCGUCACUGGCUUGAUUUGAGGUUAAGAUUGUUGAGAUCGGUGUUUAAGAGGUCGAACUCUACUGCAAACGACUGGGUUGGCAUGGAAAUGGCUCUAAGAAUUGAUGAAUUGAUGCCUAUCUGGAAGAAACAAAGGAUUGAGUGGAUCGAGAAGUGUAGGUAAAACUCUGCCUGGACCUCUCAUCUCGCUGAGGGGCUUGUACCACGUCGCGAGUUCCCUAUGACUGCGGCCAAAGCGCUCACAUUUUAG